GCGAGAAUCCGAGCGCACGCCUGCUGCUGCUGCUGGAGAAGAUCCUUCGAUCAGUCAAGAGUUUCCCAGCUGUCCUGUGUUAUUUGCCGGAAUCAGUAGUUAUGGACCACUUUAAAACCAUCGACAGGCUGUUGAACUCUAUAGUGGAUAGUCUGUUUGGAGAAAGAGACACUCGCGUAAGAGGAUGGCUGCUACUGGAUUCCUACACACCAACCUUCUUCCUCUCUGUCGUCUACCUCCUUAUAGUCUACCUGGGACCAAAGUACAUGAGAAACAGACCAGCAUACUCACUAAAAAACAUCUUACUGCUCUACAACUUCUCUCUCACUAUGUUGUCAUUCUAUAUGCUGGUUGAGCUGAUAUCAGCAGUGUGGUCUGCAGGUUAUCGUCUACAGUGUCAGGGAUUGCAUGAAGCGGGUGAUGCAGAUAUUAGGGUAGCAAAAGUCCUGUGGUGGUACUAUUUCUCCAAGCUGAUUGAAUUCCUUGACACCAUCUUCAUUGUGCUGAGGAAGAAAAACAGCCAGAUCAGUUUCCUACAUGUGUAUCAUCACACAUCUAUGUUCAACAUCUGGUGGUGUGUUCUCAACUGGAUACCCUGUGGACAGAGUUUCUUUGGGCCGACGCUAAACAGUUUCAUUCACAUCCUCAUGUAUUCUUACUACGGUCUGUCAGCCAUCCCAUCCAUGCACAAAUAUCUGUGGUGGAAACGCUACCUCACACAGGCUCAGCUGGUUCAGUUUGUUUUGACUAUAACGCACACCGUAAGUGCAUGGGUCGUUCCUUGUGGUUUCCCUCUAGGCUGUCUGAAAUUUCAAACCUCCUAUAUGGUCACACUCGUCCUCCUGUUUGUCAACUUCUACAUGAAGACAUACAAAAAAAGGAGACUGGAUGGUGACAGUAUGAUGAAGAUUGAAGAUCUUAAGAACAAUCAUUCAAACGGCCAUGUGUCCUUGCUCAACGGCAACUCCAAAAACAAGCUACAGUAAUAAGGACUAUGCUCUUCUUAAUACAGUUAUGUUGAACACUAGUGUAACAGACUAUUAUCCCUGCUAACUAAACUGCAUUUUUUUUUAAAAUAGCAUAGGACUUUGUAACUUUUGUAUUUUGUUUUACAUACAUUCAUCAGAAGUCUCAAUAAUUUUAUGCAGAGGCAUUUAAUUGUGUUUCAAACAUUUGACAUUCAACUGUUAUUCAAAAACUGCUCUAUAGAGUACUGGAUCUACUCUAUUACACAACAGAAGUAUCCGUAUCUAUCUUCAAAUCACCAUAUUCACUCUUCAACAAAAACAAAAUGCCUUAAGAGUUCAAUCCUUUAACUAAAAUGCUGGAAAACUGUGCAGUGUGGUUGAAUGUGUCAGGAUGAGGCUCUAAUAGCACGUCACAUUACUAAUAACAACGCCAAGCCUUCAUUAUGGCAUGCUCGUAUAAGGUCAUGGGGAAACAUAAAACAUGAAAGUAAUUUGGGAUUUCCAGGCCUGGAAAAGUCAUGAUAGUCGAUAAAAUUUUUCUAAAUAUAGCCCUAGCCUUUUAAAUAUUUAAUUGCACUAUGAGAGUGCAAUUUCUAUAUCAUUUUUAAAAUUCCACAUCAAGUAAUGAGACAACUGGAAGGGUCAUGCUGGAAGAGUCAUUAGACAAAGUGUGUUGAAACCUUGAUUUGGGACAGAAACUUACAGAAACCAAAAAUCAUGAAAAAUGCUGCAUAAAAUCAGUUUUUGGAUUCUGAAUGUUUCUGAAAUCACAUUUAUAGCACGCACAUCCCAAGUCCUUAUUUUUGGGCUCUAAAAAGGCGCAAAUCUACAAAUUAAUUUGAACAUACAGUAUUAACAAGCACUUGAAAAAACAGAGAAACCCAUUGAUCUGUGAUGUUUUAUUUGAGCAGGUCUACAGCUACAAUUCUUACAGGUGUAAAAUUAACAUUACACACAAUAUUCAGUUAUUAUAAUUACAUAGUUACUUCAGACAGACAAAGAAAAAUGUAAGAUGAAAAGGAAAGCAUCACAGUGAUGAUCUCUUAUGAGGGGUCUGCUGUAGUGGUUUCUGACGGGUCACCCAUGGAUGAGUGCUCUGCAGAAGACUGGGAUGUCACGAUAUCUGCAGGCUGGAGAAUAUGAAACAUCUGAAUUCAAAAGAAUUAUGCUGCAUCCGAUUAUGCACACUUCUCUACUAUUCAGUAAGCCUGAAUGCAUAAAGAGUAGCCAAGAAAUAUCCGGAAUCGGAUGUCCUACUACAUCCAAGAGGAUUCUAAAAUGCACAUCAACUGGACCUUUACUAACCCACAAUGCCACGGGAGCCGAGGAGACAUCACAUUCAAGACACUGAAUUUGAAUAAAUUAUGAUCAUGAUUUGAAGCUUGAUUACACAUGCAUGCGCUUAAAGCAUUUGUGCGUGUACAUGAGUAAUGCGUCAGGUGUAAGGUAGUGUAAUCAAGCUUCAAAUCAUGAUAGCGCCUAGAAGACUGCAGAUGUCAACAUUUCAGUCCAUUUCUCACCCAAAACCAAUCAUAUUGCUUCAGAUGAAAUGGUUUAAACCAUUUGGAGUCAUAUGGAUUAUUUUUAUGCUGCCUUCAUGUACUUUUUGGAACUUGCAAUUGGUAAUGAGGCAUUGGUCCCUGUUGACUUGUAUUGUUUGGAUAUUUCACAUAAUAUCUCCAUUAAAAUAUCUUUGUUUAGGUUCUGCAAAAGAAAAAGUCAUACGAGUUUGACACAGCAAGGGUGAUUAAAUAAUGUGAAUUAUUUAAAAGUAAACUUUUCCUUUGGUUUUGUAAAAAGCACAAUUUAGAAGUAGAUUAUUUUCAUGGUCAUAUAUUGGGGUCUUGAGACAAUGCAAAAUUGAGUUUUCAAGAGCGAACUAAUUUAGUCGACGUGGCCUCAGAUGUCACACUGGUGGAACCCUCUGAAGAACCCCCUAGACACCCUUUAAGUUUGUUCCUACAAGACCAUCAACAAAUAUUUUCUGGAAAAUAAAAAGUUUGGUGCAUGUACAAAAACAUAGUGAUCACAAAAUCAAGUCGUAAUGUUAAAUUAGCAUCAUCUAUAAAUCACAAUGACAUUUAAGUGAAAACUGAUGUUUUAAUUAUUUUCUAGUACCAACCAAUCAAUUUAGCAUGAUUACUCAAGGAUAAGGUGUUGGAGAUGGCUGCUGGAAAUGGGGCCUGUCUAGAUUUGAUCAAAAAUGACUUUCAAAUAGUGAUGGUGCUGUUUUUUUACAUCAGUAAUGUCCUGACUGUACUUUUAAUUCACCAAAGUGGUAUUCAACUGAUCACAAAGUACCAAUUUCCUACCAAAACCUGUACAUUAUUCCUAACAUCUGGCUGCCAGCAUAUAACCUGCACGCAAUGCGCUUAAAAACGAACGUGUGAAACUGGCCACUGAUACACUGAAAAUGCCUCAUCAUGAUCACACUCGCUAGUGUGCGAGAUGACAGGGCAGAGUACUCAAAGACUAUGGGAGAAUUCACUAAGGAAAUGCGACUGGUAAUAUCUAGAUUUAAAUGGACGCAUGUAUUUUUGCUUAAAUAUUACACUUGUUGGGCAUAUAAAAUGUCCUGGAAAAUUGUGCCUUGAAAAGAGCGAGAACCCUGAAGACUUUCCCGUGGCAUCUUAUAGAGGGAGCGUGCUUUUUAAUGACAGUAAGAAUUUGUCUCGUGGCCCAUUUUCAUUUCCAAAACAAUGUGCUUAAAAUUGCAUAACCUGAUUUGUCAUUUUAGAAAACAUAGGGGUUUUAAAACUACAUAUAUGCUCAUUUCUGUGAGACGAAUGGGUGGUGAAUAAAGUACAUGAAGGAACACAAUGUUCCGCUAAUUGGGAUUCAUAAAGUGAACUUUGCACUGGUUCUGGCGUAUGUAUGGUUUUAUAACUUGUGUGUAUACACACAAUUUUAGGAGCUCUAAAGAAUAAAGC